AGGAGGACAUUCCAGAACCUUCAGAGGAGGAAACUCCAGAGGCUUCAGAAGAGGUCCCAUCUGAGGCAGUAGACAAGAUCAUUCCAAAAGACACAGAAGAGGCUUCCAAAAAGAUAAUUACAGAAACUACAGAAGAGGCUUCCGAAGAGAUCAUUCUAGAGCCUUCAGAAGCUGCAGCGGAGAUAACCACAGAGGCUGCAGGUGAGUCCAUUCCAGAGGCGACACAGGAGGCUGCUGUGGAGAUUACUCAUGAGGUCACCACUGAAACUGGAAUUUUGACGGACACAGAGGAGAACAAUAAUGGCGAUCGUUAUAGGGAUGCAGAGGAGAACAAUAACGGUGAUCGUUAUAGGGUCACAGGAGAACCAGAAGAAACAAAUGAUGACUUCCUAGGGAUUCAAGAUAUCAUAACAGAGGUGGAAAAUGCGCUGGGCAAUGAGAUCGAGGACAUCAUGACGAGGCCUUUCACACCCAUGAAGGAGCAGGUGGUGGAACUCAGCAUCCAGCUGAAGGGAGAGAACUACAACGACGGCCUGAGAGACCCCUCUAGCUUCUACUACCAACGCGUGGUCAAACAUUUCACCCAUAAGAUUGAAGAUGCAUUUGAAAGGUUACCAGGAUUCAAGAAGGUCUUUGUAGUUGAAUUCAGGCCUCAGAAGGACCUCCAAAGGGGUAUGUUGUCUGUGGUAGUCCACUACGCAGUGACUCUGGAGGUGGACGGGGCAGGCAUCAGUAACGAGACCAUGGACUACAUCAACCUCCAGUCCAACGUGGUGGAGAAGUCUUACCGUGAUGCUGUUGAACGCCCCACCGUGGUCUACACCAUAACAGACUUCCGAAACUACAUCACUGAAGCCCUGCACAAGGAGAACUUCAUGAGCAACACCACUCUGGAUGCAGACACUGACUCACUGCACCUAGAGCGAGUUGAUAACUUGUUUCUGGGAGGGAGACCCACCACCAAACCAGAAGAGUCCAAUGACAUGAUGGACAAUGUUCUGGCUGCUGAGAAACCACCAGAUGCUCCUGGCCAAGACUUGGAUGUCAGCAACAUCUUCCUGAAGAAGGAUGAUUUCCUGUUUCCUAUGGACCCUUUGAAAGGCUCCGGGAGCGUUGUGGCCAGUGAAAAUGAUGUGUUCGUUCUGGAUGAAACCACCUUGCUACCCAGCACCACUGCUGUCCCUGCAGAGAAUAAUGGAAAUAUUGAAGAAGAGGGAUUUCUUCUCAGCAACACUCAGCAAGACUCUCAUACUCCCGAUGGGGAUGGUGUGGUUGGUGCUGGAGGCUCCUCUACCUCCUCCCCUUCACAACCACAGACCACAGAGGCCCCGGUCCCGGCACCUCCCAGAGUAGACACAGAUUUGGAUGCUGGUUCUGGCUCCGGCUUCUCUGGGGAUGACCAAGGGGCUGACGUCUUGCCAUGGUUUCCCGUGACAACUGAGGAGACGGACUACAUAGAGGAGGAGGAGGAUUCUGUGGUGGGGGAGGUGCAUUUACCAGAUCCAGAAGUGGAACCGAAGGAGGAAGAGAAGAAGGAGGAGGAGAAGGGGGAAGAGAUCACCGAAUCUGUCCUGGCUGAAUCUCCAGAGGAUAUGGGUCCUUUUGAGUCCCAUCCAGAAUCUGUCCUGACUGAAUCUCCAGAGGAUAUGGGUCCUUUUGAGUCCCAUCCAGAAUCUGCCCCAGUUGAGGAAGAGCCACAACGGCCUUUCUUGGACAGACUGCCUGUGACCCAAGACAUUAAUACCCGACCUGACUACACGACCACCGCUGAAGCCCCUGUGUUCUGGACCGCAGAGACCCUGACCGUGGAGCUCUCCAUACAGACGCUGGAGGCCUCUGGGAUGUAUGACGAUUAUUACCCAAGCGAACCAUUCACCAUCAUAGCACCAGUCACUGAUUAUCCCUAUCCUCAGUUUUACACCACUGAGGCCCUCGUGUUGGAAGGGCCAGCAGCUGAGACCCAUGGUUCUGUUGAGGAGCUGUCGGAGCCAACCAGUCCAAUAGAGCUUGAACUCCCCACAGUCACAGAGUCACCUACCUUCAUAGACAUGGAGCUGUUCACAGUCAAGGAGUCCAUCUUCGAUAUGAUCACCGCCGAACCACCAGAGAUCGAAGCAUUCACCGACAGACCUUUACUCUUGGUGCCCGAUCCUGAGGAUGAAGACGGAGAGGUGGAGAUCUUGGAGGAACAGGGGGCGGAGGUCGCAGAGCCCUUGGCCACACUACUCCCAUCCCUUGACAUCUCAGAGGAGGACCUAGCUGAAGAUGAAAUAUUUGUUGUGGCUGCAGGUACAGCAGCCCCGGAAGUCAUAGAGUCUCAUAGCAUCUUAUCCCCCGAGAAGGAAUCUCCCUUCACUCGUAUAUCUGACUCUGUACCGGAAGAGGAGGAAGCCACACACCAUCCAGCCACCACCGAAAUAGCACCACAUGGUGACAUUGAAAUCUCUGAGACACCUGAAAUUGCCCCAACGAUCCUACCUCCAUUCUUCCAGCCAACAUUCAGACCCACAGAAAACCUGCUUCAGGCAGCAGAAGAGUCAGAUGUUAGCAUUGAAGAAGGAGAUGUUAGUAUGGCGCCAGCACCCCCUUCCCCAGCUCACGACACAUACGAACUAGAAGUCGGCACUUCAAUUCAAGAGGUUGGAGACUACGCACCAGACUCCCCCAUACCGGAAAUUGACCUCACCUUCGAAGUGUAUGACGGAAUGAGUCACAUGGACGGGGACAGCAGUGGGUACUCCAGCAUCGCCCACGGAUCAGACGUGGGCAGCAUCGCCAUGGCGAAGAGCCCUGGCAAGGAUCUGAUGGUGUUCUUUAGCCUGAGGGUGACCAACAUGAUGUUCUCUGAGGACCUCUUCAACAAGAGUUCCACAGAGUACAAAGCCCUGGAGCAGAGGUUCCUCGAACUGCUCGUCCCUUACCUGCAGUCCAACCUCAGCAACUUCCAGAACCUGGAGAUCCUGAAUUUCCGUAACGGCAGCAUCGUGGUGAACAGCAGGAUGAAGUUCGGGAAGCCCGUCUCUCGGGGGGUCACCAACACUGUCUACCUUAUCCUAGAGGACUUCGCUAACUCAGCCUUCCAAACCAUGAACCUGGCCAUAGACAAAUACUCACUGGAUGUGGAAUCAGGCAACCAGGCAAACCCCUGCAAGUUCCAAGCGUGUAAUGAGUAUUCGAUGUGCACGGUGAACCGCUGGUCCGGGGAGGCGGAGUGUGUGUGUGACGCGGGUUACUUCAGCGUGGACGGACUGCCGUGCCAGAGUAUCUGUGACCUGCAGGAGGACUUCUGUCUCAACGAUGGGAAGUGUGAUGUCAUCCCUGGCAAGGGAGCCAUCUGCAGAUGUCGUGUAGGAGAGAAUUGGUGGUACCGCGGGGAACACUGUGAGGAGUAUGUGUCAGAACCUCUGGUGGUGGGCAUCGCUAUAGCGUCGGUGGCUGGCUUCCUAUUGGUGGCCUCUGGGGCAAUCUUCUUCCUGGCCAGGACUCUGAGGGACGGUUAUGACAAGGAGGAUUCAGAGGAUCCUCUACGAGAUCGGGACAGUGUGCCAUCCUUAGAGAGAGCCACCAAGUUCAACCCCAUGUAUGAGAGUGAUGUGGCCACGGCAGAGUACUACAGACGGUACGAAGAUGACGUGCCGCACCACAGUACGGGCAGCGCAGACACCUCUGUGGACUUCUGCAGUGACGAGAUACUCCAAAUCUACGACAACUCCGAGCUCACCAGAGAGCAAAUUCAGGACCGCCUAAGGAUAAUUGAGCUGUGUGCCAAAGACCGUCAGUUUGCAGACUUUGUACGGCAGCAUCAAGUAGCGCUGGACAGAAGAGCGAGCUCUGAAGCAUAGGAAUGCUGGAGAGCCAGCUGAUCACUGUGAACCUCAAGAAACAUGCCUUUGUCUUUGACUUGAGAAAGAGGAAAGUGUCUUCUGUUGCCAUGGUGCUUCUGAUGGACUCUGCAGAAUGACCAGAUGAAGAGGAUGGAUAUUUAAAGUCUUCUCUCUGAGGCGUGAUGUGUUGUGCUGUUGCAACGUCUCACUGACUCUGUUUCUAUGACCUGGUCUUUUUCUAAAGGUGGAGUGCGCUGUAAAUACUUUUAUUUUUGUUGUUUCCUUUUUUUCUUCGGUUAUCACAGCCAUCACCUUAUCCUAUGAGCUAGCCUCCUGCUCAGCUAGCCAUCAAACAUCUAGAUACAGUUACUGUCAACAAGGUUCGCUGCAUUGCACCUCUUACUUGCACAAAUCUGUGAACAAACAGACUUCAAUUGUUGUGUCCUUAGUUAGUUUGGACGUGUGGGUCCCUUCCUGCCCUAAACGUGGUCUUCUUCAGUGCCUUCACUUGGUUUCAGUUAGCAUUGUGGGGUGUUGUGUCCUGAAGCGUAACGCGGCUGCUGGCAGGACCCUUGAAGUUCACUGGAUGUCACUGGAAGGCUACUGUCCUGCAUGGAAACUAACUAACUACUGGUUUAAUCAACUUUGUUUCCACGUAAUUUCAACCCCCAAAUUCAAUGUGAUGAAGUUGAACUGUUUGGAGUAGAAAAAAAGAAAUCAACGUAAGAGAAUUUCAGAUUUCUUUUCACCUAACUUUUAACCUAAAUCCAAUGACUUGGUGACAUUUUUUGUUGAUUUCACAUUGAAUUCACGUUAGUCGACAACUCAACCAAAUGUAAAUCAAAACUAUACGUAGAACUGACAUCUGUGCCCAGUGGGUACUGACUGGAUGGCACAGGCUAACGCUAUAUAGCCUCCACUGAAAUGAUCAAAUAUCCUGGUUGCUGUACUUACUUGAACAUGGUUUUGGCAAAAAGUUGUAGAUAAUCAAUUGUGUAGACAUAAAUUGAUAGUGUAUUUAACUGUUGGAAUGAGUAUAGAUUGACAUACUGGAAUUGUGAUUGUUAGUAACCCCUUUUGGCCGUAGCCAAUAGCCCAGGAAGACAUGUUUCUCUGGGGUUUCUCAUUUCUCAAAUCUGAUAUCUGCUGCUUUGGGUUAGUCCACGUAUCCAUGACGAUCCCAAGCAACCAUGACCAUCCCAAGCCUUUGUAUAUAUCAGGAGUCGACUGUAUUCAUCCAUAUGUUUUGAUGAACCAAAUGUCCUCAACCCGUUGAAAAAGGGGUUAAAUGUGCACGUUGUCUCUGUUGAUGUGUUUUCUAUGUUUUCUCAUAGUUCAGAGAUUAACAAGACAAUGGUGUUAUGAUCUGUGUUGUGUAUGUUAGACUUACUGGUUGAAA